AUGAGGCUGUGCAUUAAAAAUUUGAGAUAUCUAAGUGGAGGAGGAAUACAUUUUUCAAACAUUUCUCAAGUUAAAUGUAGACAGUACUCUCAUGGCAUACCUUUUCUGGAUUUUUACAAGAAAACUACAGGUACAACUAUAUCUGAGGACCACCUAACAGUCCUCCAAAAGAAGCACCCGCACAUAAUGGAAGUAACACAUGACAGCUUGCAGUGCACACUACAGAUACUACAAAAGUUUGGCAUCACGCCUGAGGAAGCAUGUUGCAACCUCCAUGUAUUCAGUAUGAACCCCAUCACCAUGGAGAAUUAUGGUGAUAUACUCAGGGAAUGUCAAUUUGUAACUAUUUCAGCCAAACAUAUCAUAAAAUACCACACAUUUAUUAGAAAGCGAACUAUAGCUUGGCUGAAAAAGGAAGGAUUACUCUCAGAAGACAUACAAUUAGAACAAAUAAUAUUUGACAAGUUCCAGGAAUGGCCAGAGAAUAGUAAAACUUUACAAAAAUUCUGUGAUACUAAGACAUCAGUGUUAACAAUUCGAAUGAGUAUCUUAGAAAGAUAUCUCAACUGGAAGUUAGCAGUGUCUUCAGAAGAGUUUCAAAAGUACUGUAGAAACUACCUACCCCUCCAACACAAGCCAAUGUCAGACAUCCAAGAAGCAAUCAGAAUAGCAGAGAAUGACAUAAAGUUCGACAAAGCAGGAAUCAGAAGAAAUGGCUUUGUUAUUUCCGCUGAUCCUUUACAUACAAAACUCAUUUUAGAAAAUGUUGGCACAUUAGCCGGCAUGGAUAUUAGAGAUGUUUUGAAAAUAGAACCAGCCAUAUUGAAGAAUAAUUACAAUUCUAUUAUCCAAGUUCGGAAUAUUUUGGAGGAGUACAGAAUAUCUGAUGAGGCCCAAAGGAAAUGUUUGAAGGUAUACUGCAUGCGACCAGAAACUGUGCGUGAGCGUCUGGAUGAGCUCAGAAGUUUGAAAGAGUACAAAGUCUUAUCUACAAACCCUAGAAUGCUUCUACUCGUAAUACAUAAAAAUAAAAUGCUAAAUCGCCUAACCAAAAUAGAAUCUGCAAAAAAGCAAUGUUUCAGCUUGAAUCACUUAGUAUCUUCAUCGAAAGUGUUUAACAACUAUAUCAGCGGUUUUGGCGACAAAGUGUGCGGUAGAGACAUAGCGAUACUGAUUUCUUCGUCUCUCAAAUUGUCAUCUCAAAAUGGGAGAGGGCAGGCAGCGCGCGUCAGCGCUGUACUGAACCAAUUGAGGCGACACAAGUACUGGCUACACGUCGCCAUGAGCGUUAUCGAUGAGAACAUACAGUUCCUCAGAAAUAAGUUCGAUCAUCAAAUCAUUAUUAAUAACUGUUUGAUCCUUCUGUAUCCUGUUUCCGAAGUGAAAUACUACAUAGAGACGUUGCUAAGUAUGCGCAGUGGCCAAAAAGUGACUAGUGCACAAAAUGACGAGCUGAGCUAUAGUAAUGUUCGUUACGACUGCCUGACAGACGCACAAAUCCUUAGUUUAGUGUUGUACACCAUUGAGAAGAAAUACUAUUUCAGCGGUGACGGUAUUUGGUGUCGACAGGACGGUUUAAAAGUUGAAACUCAGAAAAACUGA